AUGGAUCUUGCUUUCUACCUCCCGUGGGCAAUCCUAGCACUCGAUCUUCUUGGAAUCAUAGCUGGACAUCUGUACUACUUCUUAACAGUCCUUCACCCUCUCGCCACCGGAAAGAACUACCUGAAAACCCCUAAAUGGGUUAAUAAACUGGUAGCAAGGUGGCGAACAGGAGCUCUAGUGGCAGCUCGAGAAGCAAGUGGUGUAGGAGCUGCAGUAGGAGGAGGAGGAGGAGGAGGAGGAGGAGGAGGAGGAGGAGACAGAGCUUAUUCAAGUGCUCGUGCCCCACCAGAGAGCUUAAACAUUGCAUUCAGAGGUCGAUCAUAUCGUCUCACCGACUGA